CGACCGCCGCCGCCAGUCGCCAGACCGCCGUCGCACGCGUCGCGCGGCAAUAGUUUCUUCCGGGAAAAUUGUGUCGCGUGUGUCGCCCCUAACCCUUCACUAGACCCGUGGUACAUUCGACCAUCGAAAAAUGGAUUAUGUGCAUGUAUGUUAGUGAGUACUGUGUGUUUUACAACGCUCCCGGCCCCCCUGUCAGCUGCUACUUCCUAUAACUCCCACAAUGGAAGCGACGCGAGCCGUGUCGGUCCCCUGGCUGUCCACCGUUGUCCUUCUGUGUUCCUUCCUCACAGCAAAUUCUCUAAAUACUAAGAUUCACGAGCACAUGACCCCCGAUGAGCUUCGAAAUGUCUUCCACGUCGACCACCACAGCCUCGUCCCAGAAUACCACCUAGUUCAGCUCACCCACCACAUGGCUCGCCGGAACAUUCCAGCGACACACCGUUCCAAUUCACACACACCGAAUUCUGGAAAAGUUCCACACGAAAAAUCUUCCAAACCAUGGAAAACGGAGACGAACCUCCCAUCGCUACUAAACGAUGAAAUGUUUGUCAAAGCCAAGGAGCUUAUUCACGAUGUCGAUAUAAUCGGUGAUUUAAAUAAUACAGUGAGCGUACAGUUCGGCGUAACGAAUUCUAGUGAAAUUAGUGAUAGUGAUAGUGAGACCAGUGGUGAUGAUGUUCAUAGAAUUGAAUUAGAGGCGUUCGGGAAGCAGUUGAAAUUGGUGUUGAAGAAACAAGAGGGGUUAGUGAAGAAGGAUGGGCUGAGGAUGUGGAAGGCGCUGACGAAUGAGUCGCAACCACACGGCGUAGACUACGAAGAGAUGAUAACGGAAGGGGAAGAGGAAUUGGGAGAUCUAUACCACGAUGAUGAGAAUGGAGCUGCUCUGCUUAUCAGAAGACACCCUAAACACGGAAAACUUGUCGUGGAAGGCUCCAUAGGUCACGACCUCAUCAUCAGGCCCAUUCCCGACUCGAUGACGGGCGUAGCACCCGAUGACGAAAUGUUCCUAGACCCCAGCAGUAUGGCGGAUAUGGUGUCCAUUGAUACAGGCCUUCCGCUCGUGAAAAGAAAUCAAAAUGCCCAAGAAGAACUUCAGAAUAAGCUACAAGGCGCCCAACAUGUCAUAAUCAAGCGAGGUCCAUCGUCGCACGAUCAUCUUAGCGAUUAUGCAUUCAUGGAGCCGGACCACAUUGGCAAGCGGUAUCGGCGCAGGCGAUCCGCGGAGGGACACAGCCGGCAGAAACGGGAGGCGCCUUACGUCAUAUAUCCGGAAAUACUAGUGAUUGUUGAUUAUGAUGGAUACAGGUUGCACGGAGGUGACAAUUUGCAGAUAAAACGAUAUUUUGUCUCGUUUUGGAACGGCGUAGACCUCAGAUACAAGCUGUUGAAAGGGCCAAGGAUACGGAUUUCGAUUGCCGGCAUUAUUAUAUCUCGGGGUCGAGAUGCAACACCGUACCUAGAAAGAAAUCGAGUUGGCCGUGAUGCUAUUGACUCAGCCGCCGCAUUAACAGACAUGGGCAAGUAUCUGUUCAGAGAGAGAAGACUGCCUGUAUAUGACAUUGCAGUUGCCAUCACGAAACUAGACAUGUGCAGGAGACAAUUCGCGAACGAUGCUUGCAAUAGAGGGACAGCAGGUUUCGCAUAUGUUGGCGGCGCAUGCGUAGUAAACAAGAGGUUGGAAAAAGUGAAUUCCGUUGCCAUCAUUGAAGAUACCGGUGGAUUCUCUGGUAUCAUCGUUGCUGCUCAUGAAGUUGGACAUUUACUUGGAGCAGUUCACGACGGAAGUCCUCCACCAUCCUACCUUGGAGGCCCCGGUGCUGAGAAGUGCAGAUGGGAGGACGGUUUCAUCAUGUCAGACUUGAGGCACACGGAGAAGGGCUUCAGAUGGUCUCCUUGCAGUGUACAGAGUUUCCAUCACUUUUUGAAUGGCGACACAGCGACGUGUCUGUAUAACUCGCCGCAUGAGGACGACUCCCUGCCGCGAGUGUUGCCAGGACGUUUGCUCACACUAGACGCGCAGUGCCGGAAAGACAGAGGCACGAGCGCAUGUUUCAAAGACGAGCGGGUUUGUGCCCAACUGUUCUGCUUCGACGCUGCAAGCGGUUACUGCGUUGCAUACAGACCCGCCGCGGAGGGCUCGCCCUGUGGUGACGGACAGUACUGCAUAAACGGUCGGUGCAUAACCGAACACGAGAACAUAAUACCGGACUAUUCGCAGCACACGCCGAGCUACGUGCGCCCGGAGACGAGCCCGUUCUAUGGCAACAUUACGAGUAUCGAAGACACAACACAGCCAUACGUAGCUAGCACACCAGCGUCACCUAUCUACCAACAGAACUAUUAUACAAAUUACCAAAGAAAUACAAACCCGGCGGCAGACACAGUAACAACGACGACUACCACAGAGAACCCAUACAAUUAUUACUACUAUAGUACACAAGAACCAAAAGAAUACACGGAAAAAAUAACGGAAGUGACGAAAUCGAGCGUGUCCUAUCCGCCAUCUUUGAAUCAAUUCUCUGUGUCCACAACGAGAAGCCCGUAUGAUUUCCAUGAUUUUUUCGCGAAAACGACAAAAGCACCCGAAACCAAGAAAGGCUUCUUCAACAAAGAGGACCUAGAGAGUUACUUCUCGAGAGGCACCACAAAGAAUCCAUUCCCGGACAAGAGUAUCAAGUCAAUAUUCAAAUUCGGAACGCACUACUCCCAGGGGAAAUCCUCCGAUAACUCCAUUAGACCAGAUGCAAACUCGCAACAAGUACAAAUCGAACCAGCGAGAUUGGUUUUCUCGUAUCAGAGGAAUCUCACAUCCGGGGAGCUUAUUCGAACGUAAAUGUGCCAAAAUACUUAUUGUAGCCGCCACUAGCGAAUCGAGCGGUAAACAAAACAGAAGACUGCUAGCUGGAUGGAUAUACGAAGCAAUGGCGCCAAAUCGCCUUGUCCUCGAACCGUCAAAUCCAGUUCUUAUUUUGCAGAUUGUGAAGUGUUCGCAUAUUAAACUUGAAUAUUACCCUUUGAAUUUGUAAAUUCUGUUUUUUUUUCUCAUAUUGUAUGCACCUGUUAUUGCACAGUUUAUGUUUUUGACAGAUAAAAUGCGUGGCAAAAGUUAUGUCAUGACGCUCGUCAAAAAGAAAUUGACAUAAAAUUCUAGAACAUUUUCUUUUAUAAAUGAAAAUAUCCUUAAAAUGAUCCUAAAUCAGACUCAUCUGGGUAAUAUUCAAUAUACAGCGGGUAAAAUGUGCGCAAUGCUAGUUUGUUUGAAAAAAAAAAACGUGUCUGAAGACAAUUAGUGUCAGACAUUGUUCUGUGAGUGAUAUUACAAUGUGAUUGUGUUUUAAUGGACUUUAAGUACAUUAGCUUGUAACAAUUGUGUAUAAAUACGAUGAACAAGAUGAAAACAAGAAUUCCUUAACAUAGCUUAAAUAUAUUUUUAGUCUAUGGUAUUUCGUUUAAAAACGGUUGUAAAAUAGUAUUUUUCUAAGAAUAAAAUGAAAGAAACUGCCAAGAAGUGCCUUUUAUGGAUAAUUAUUAAGAUAAUUAAGUUGAUAGCGCUUCUAAAUCUCUUCAGGCCUACGAUAUGUUUAUUUCAUGUUAUCGAAAACUUACGUUAUCUAUGUGCGGUUACAGUUCUUUUUAAAUUUAACUAAGGCCGGACUCGUAUCCACUAUUUAUAAUAAUUAUAAUUUUAACUGACUUGGCGACUGGAUCGCCUUUCAUAGAUAUAUUUUACCUAUUUCCUUUACAUAUAGCACUAGGUUCUACUUGCCAGUGUAAAAUCGAUAGCUUGUAUAGUAUUUUCUUAAAGUUAUUUAUGUGACAUAGACAAAUAAAGUUACCAUAGAUUAGUUUGGCAAUAUUUUUUCACGAACAACUCCGUAAUGUAUUACUUGCCGACUAUUUAUUCUAUUUAUAUAUGAUACCUUUGUCAUUAAGUACAUUUUAAGAAAAAAUACAAAAUUAAUUUCUAUAACAUCUUUUAUUCCAUCUACUUUGCACACCCAUCACCGCACUAAUUGUAAACAACAUUUGUAAACUUACAUACUUUAAAUUGUGUAUUUAAAAAUACAGAAAAUGAACACAAGCAAAGUCAACCAAAAAAAUCAAAAUAUACAUAUUUUUUUGUUCUCCAAUACAAAAUUAACAAAAGUCAAGGUUAGAAUGUGAUAACUGACUUGUUAGAAAUGUGAUAUCAAGUCACAAUAAUUAUGCAAAUUUAAUACAAAUUAAUGAUGUAAGCAACUUGUUUUUUUUUUUUAAUUAAAUCUAGAAUAAAACAUAGCUAACAGAGUUAAGUUGGUCAUUACUGUAAAACAAAAUCUUUGUGAGUAUUUUUCUUGCUUUAGACGCAAAAUUGAUCAUAUGUAACUUCAAACAUCAAUCCACAGAUUACUUAAUGCAGCAAAA